GUCAGGAAUACGCGCGGUCUGGAACAGCCCCUCGGAUAGGCUGUACUCUAGGACCCAGAGAGCAACUAAACCAAGUGACAUCAUUUCUCGACGCGUCAGUGGUGUACGGUAGUUCUAGAGACGAAUCAAAUUUGCUAAGAACGUUCAGUGGAGGUGAAAUGAAGACGCAGACUGGGCAUGGCGGAAAACAACUGCUUCCUGCCGAUGACAGCAGUGUUGACUGCCGAUCCAGUGGCACCAAGAGGUGCUUCAAGGCGGGAGACGUACGUGUGAACGAGCAUGUCGGGUUGGCCACACUUCAUACUCUGUGGCUGCGGGAACACAAUCGGCUGGCCGAAGCACUGCAGCGCCUCAACCCCCACUGGGGAGACGAGACGCUAUUCCAGGAAGCACGGCGCAUUGUGGCAGCAGAGUUGCAGCAUGUCACGUACACGGAGUUCCUGCCGCUCGUACUGGGACAGAACACAAUGGACCAGUAUGGGCUGCAGCCUCAAGCCUCCGGCCACUUCACCGGAUACGACAUCAACGUGAACCCUGGUAUCGCCAAUAGCGUGGCAGCAGCUGCGCUGUGGUUCGUCGCCUCUCUCAUACCGAAGAGCCUCACCGUAUUCGAUAAUGUAGGUCGCAGUACGACCGACAAGUCCAUGAUGUCCUCAUUCUACGCUCCGUUUCAACUCUAUGAGCCAGGCGGUCUGGACAAAGUGCUACAGAAAUUGUUGCACGCACCAGCCCAGAGGGAAGACGAAUUUAUAAAUGAAGUCAUGACAAACCACAUGUUUCAGGACUCUAAAGAAGGCAGUGGACUUGAUAUCGCGGCCCAAGUGAUACAGCACGGCAGGGACCACGGGUUGCCCGGAUAUACACGUUGGAGGCAGUUCUGCGGUCUACCUUCUGUUACCAGCUUCCAGGACCUUAACGGCGUCAUGUCGCUUCAAGUCGUGUCUUCACUUCGUAAAAUAUAUAGGAAUGUGAGUGACAUUGACCUUUUUACUGGGGCUCUCGGAGAGACGCCGACGGAAGGCUCGGUCGUCGGGCCCACAUUUGGCUGUCUUCUGGGACGACAAUUCCAUUACCUGCGACGUGGCGACCGUUACUGGUACGAGAACGACAUUCCCCCUUCGUCGUUUUCCAAAGAACAGUUAAAUGAAAUUCGUAAGACCAGUCUAGCAAGGAUUAUCUGUGACAACGCUGAUGGCAUCCGCGAAGUGCAACCAUUAGUGUUCCUCGACAAGGAUCCAUUCUUAAACGCCAUGACAGCGUGUUCAGGUAGAGUGAUCAGGCGCUUUGAUAUGACGCCCUGGAGUACUAGCAACCCGCAUUUCAUAGUAUCAGGAAGUUUGCUCGCAGACUCCGUGGCUCGGGCAAAACGAGAUGUUCACAGAAUACUACAACAGGAAAUGGAACUCUGGGAGCAACGUCGAACCGCCGAUCCACUUUCUCCUGUCGGAACAGCGUUCAGUUUUAACCGUCCGAAGAGACAAGCAGCUGAAAUCGCCAACACUUCGCUCAUACUUCAAUUCGCUUCCGCUAGAUUCGUGAACAGCUUCUUGCAGGGACAGCUCCAGGACCAGGAGUCAGGACGCAGCGUCGUGGCUCCCCGGGACUUGCGCGAACUGAUGGCAGUCUUGCCAAACGUGGAUCUCACAGACACUCUGGAGAUCCCCCGGGUGUUCCGCUGUGACGAGCAGACUCUACCCUGCGACCAUACCAGUCGCUACCGAAGCACCACUGGCUGGUGCAACAAUCUGCGUCACCCAGAGUGGGGCAAGUCCCUAAGAGCGUUCGUAAGACUCCUACCACCAGCUUACAAUGACGGUGUUGGUAGCCCGAGAGCCUUGUCUGUGAACGGAAAUCCUCUGCCCAGCCCGCGCCUGAUCUCUGUGAAUGUUCACCCAGAUACCAGUCGCCCCCACGUGCGCUACUCCCUCAUGUUUAUGCAGUACGCACAGCUCCUGGACCAUGACCUCACACACACUCCGGUUAACAAAGGGUUUGUCGGCGAGUCUAUCCUGGAUUGCCAGCCAUGUGACGCGAUGACCACGGUGCAUCCCGAGUGUUUCCCGAUUCCCGUACCACAAGACGAUCCGUACUUCCCCAAGGUAAACAUCACCACAGGCAAGCCAAUGUGCAUUCCUGUGACGCGAUCCAUGCCAGGACAGCUGACUCUAGGUUACAGGGAGCAGCUGAACCAGGUUACGGCGUACAUUGACAGCUCUUUCGUGUAUGGAUCCGAUGUUUGUGAAACGAAUGUCUUGCGCUCCUUCACUGGAGGAAAGCUUAACGUCACCAAGAACGCCGUGAAGGGGAAGCCGUUGUUACCACAGAUUACUACUCACCCGGAAUGUAAGUCCAGCUCCAAGGUGUGCUUCCGGGCAGGCGACGCUCGGGCCAGUGAACAACCUGGUUUGGCGGCGGUUCACACGUUGUUUCUGCGAGAACACAACAGGCUUGCCGAAGGUUUGUCAGCGCUAAAUCCGCACUGGGCAGACGAGAAGUUGUACCAGACAGCUCGCCGUAUCCUGUCAGCGGUCUCUCAGCACUUGACUUACCGUGAAUUCCUGCCUCGUCUCUUCGGUUGGGAUGGGGUCCAUCGGCACGGCCUCACUCUGCAGAUCGAGGGCUACUUCCAGGGUUAUGAUCCGGGCUGUGACGCUACCAUCGUGAACGAGUUUGCGGUAGCUGCGUUUCGUUUCGGCCACAGUCUGCUGCGUCCCACGCUUCUUCGUAUGGACGAGGAUUACGGAGAACGCAAGCCAGGGGUACGGCUCAGAGACACAUUCUUUAACCCCGACGUCCUUUACCAGGCUGGAAUGGUGGACGACCUCAUUCGAGGUCUCGCUGCGACUCCGAUGGAGACCCUGGACCAGUUCAUCACCAGCGAAGUGACAAAUCACUUGUUUGAGGACAGGCGGCUACCAUACUCAGGCAUGGACCUUGCAGCAAUAAAUAUGCAAAGAGCUCGAGACCAUGGCAUCCCUGGCUACAAUGAAUACAGGGCCUGGUGCAAUCUGACACGGGCAAGAGAUUUUGAUGACCUGAAGCGGGAGAUUCCAUUUCCCCUAGUAGAGCGUCUGCGUCGGCUCUAUGCUCACGUGGAUGACAUAGACUUGUUCCCCGGAGGAUUAGCGGAAACACCUCUCAUGGGUGGUGUCAUUGGGCCUACGUUUGCUUGCAUCAUUGGGCAUCAGUUCAGACUUCUUCGACGAUGUGACCGAUUCUGGUAUGAAAAUGAUGACCCACUAGUGCGAUUUACAGAAGCGCAACUGGCAGAAAUUCGUAAAGUGACAUUAUCCCGACUUGUGUGUGACAACUGUGACCAUGUCAGCAAAGUACAACGCUCACUUCUGGACCUCUCAGACCCCUUCUUGAACCCAAGGGUACCGUGCAACAACAUCCCUUCCCUGGACUUGGAGCUGUGGAAAGAACGUCUGUCCUGCACAGUGGGACGCACGACAAUUGACGUGGGGUCAGCCGAGCGGAUAUCACCUUGUGUAAUGUGCACGUGCACAACUGAAGGGCCAAUUUGCCAGUCGCUGAAGAUCGGAAACUGUUUCAAUCUGGCGAGGUUGUUCAGCCAUGCAGAAGUGCUUGGCGACCAUGUUUGCAAGGUGCAGUGUGCAUUUGUCUUCCGUGCCCUACCCAGAGUGGUGGAUCCUGUGGACAACCAGCUGGGCUUCAGCUAAUGAUCUACGUCGCAGAUCUCAUUUUAUCUGAAUGUUUGUGUUUGUCACAUUAAGUAAAUUCUGACCUUCCUUUCACAAUUUUACAUCUCUUUCAUCUUAUUUUGGAUGAGGGGGUAAUAGUGACUGAAAUAAAACCAACUAAGCUCUAAUUUUAUAGCAGAAGGAGAGCUAAUGGUUAUAAUUCUACAGGAGAACACAGCAACAUAAUUUAAGCACACAUUAGUAAAUUGACAAUAUUAAGAACUGAUUAAAAAUACAAAUAUAAUGUUUGUCAAAGAAUCUUACCAGUCUUUUCAAGAGAAUCUGUCCCUUUGUACAUGAAAUUUAUUUGUACUGUUUUCCUUAAUACAAAGUUGUAAUUUUAUAAAUAUUUUUUAAACCUUCAAAUUCUGUCACUUGUGGAGUGAAACAAAAAUAUACAGUAGUUAUAAUUUACUAUUAAAAUACUCAGUUUAGGGAACAAAAUAUAAUUAUAACUAAUGUCACAACAUUCAGAAGUUGCAAAUUAUGUUGUGCAAUAAAUCGUACAGUGGUGGUUAUGCACAAUUUCUUUUUAAGCAUAGACAACAGGCUAAGUUGUGAUGCUAUUAUCAUUGCUUGCAUCACUACAGACAUUCUCAUAUGCAGCUUUAAGCUGAUAAACAUCCCUGAUAUGUAUAUUUGUCAUAAUAAAUUUGUCCAAGUUUCUAGUGCAAUGAAAAUGUAUUAGUUACUAUA